CCUCACGUUAGUCAAUACAUGGGCGUACCUAAUGUUACUUUUACUUGGAGGUCGAUAAAAGUUCUUCGAGCGAUCAUAUCCACGAUGAGCAUGAUCGGUUUGAUUAUGGUGCUUGCUGCCGUAGUAUGGGCAAUAAAACUUAGACGAGACAUCGGCGAUUAUCUUAAUCUCGUAGUGCCAGGUUAGUCGAUUCUUCGAAGAAUCCAAUUAGAAAUAAAGAUAACUUUUGUUAACGUAGUAGUUGAAAGUGGAAGGAUAUUUAAAUGUAAAAAAACAAAUCGUUAAAAUUAUAACGCCGUGGGUUAACGAGCAGAUCACGACGAGCAGGUGAUGGACACCUCUGGCCAACUGUGAUAGUCGUCGCAGCUGUACCCUGUGCUCCUGUUUAUAUACUUGGACUGAAGGCUUACCUUUGUCUUCCUCUUGCCACGCCAAAAACUAAAUUCGAAGAGAACAACAAAAACGAAUCCGAUGACGAGGAAAAUUCAGAGAACUCGGACAUUCGAAAUUCUGACGACGACGAGGACGACAAGAACAACGGGCACGAAGCCAAUCGUAUAUUAUUCUUACACGCGGUCCUCUGUUUGAUAUCCGGAUGUCUCGUCGCUGCCAUCAACGUUGCCUGUUUUCUAAGAUCCAGCACCUUCCAACAAAAGAUCCGUGAAGAUAGUAUGAUCGAAGCUAUGGAGAAUUAUGCGAACGACGAUGGAGUUAGAUCGUGCGUCGAUGCCGUACAAAUGGAGUUUCAAUGUUGUGGGAGCGAAGAUUAUCGCGAUUGGUUCCGUGUCAGUUGGGCUAAAGUAUCAAUGGACUAUUUUGACUAUGAGGAUUAUAAACGUCAGCAGGAGGGGCAGUGGGUAUAAUCGGACCGAUUAUAAUCUCUGUUCUAUCGAUAUCGAAACGUUUAAGAUUCGUGAUCGAAGUUGUAUAUUGAUCGGUAUAUUUUAUGUUUCGAAAGAUCGACGAAAAACGACGAAGCCCGGAUAACAACCGUCAAGGAUGUACCAUUUUCUUGCUGUACCAACAAAAUCGUAGAACCCUGUGGACAUCGAGAAAUCCUCCAAGCUAGUCAAGUUUGUAACUUUGAUCCUAAUAACGAAGAGACCGUUUGGAACGUUGGAUGUCGUUCGAUCAUCUUAACGCACGCAAGAGUCAUCGGAUUCUUUUUGAUAUUUUUCCUAUUAUUCCUCUCACUUUAUCAGUUUAUACUAAGCGCACUGUCGCGUCUAGUUCAGACUGCAUACAGCAAUGAAUUUUAUAUCGGCCCAGAGAAGAUGUACUAUCGCGCUUGGAUUUUCAGUAGCAUAUCGAGCCCUCAUUCAAAGUGUCAUGAAAAUUUAUCGCAGGAGUCCGACGAAGAGACCCUAGAAACGCGAUCUCUCGUGAAAGAAACAUUGGAAUCGCCCAACUUUCGUUCUGAACACAAAGUUAAUCAUUCGGGCGAAUGGAAACGUCAGCAGGAGCACGAAUUUGUGUUUACUCCGCGUGGAUCGGUACAGCUGGUACAGAUCGAUCGUCUUCGAAAAGUCAAAUCUAGUCCAACUUUGUCGAAAAAUGGUACGUCCGACAUAAAUCAGAAAAAGAGUAAAGUAAAGACGUAUCGUUAUCUGCCGGUUUCAACCGAUGAACAUGAUCAAGAAAGAUUACUGGAUGAUAAUAAAAUUUUCAUUGAAAAAAAUGAGAGGUCUAUGAAAGCGAAUUUGAAAUCUCGAGAAAAAUUGACGACCAAGACACCGAACUUAAUGCUCGCACCUAUACCACCCCCAUUUCCUCCUCAAUCCGAAGAGUACGAAGAGAAACGAAAUUUUCGUGAGAAUUUUAACAAAAACGAAGAAUUUUCAUGCACGAUACUGCGCCCUACGGUUCUUCGUUUCUCUACUACCGAUAAUACGAAAAAUAAAAUAGAUAAGGAGUUGACUUCAAAACCGAGCAAAUUGGAUCGAAAAAAAUUAUUAGAAAAGUUCGAAAGAAUUUUGAAUACCGAGGAAAAAACUCGUAGAGAAUGCGGCGGAGCUGAUUUUCCAAGACCUUGGGAACAGCUGGUCAAACGAAGUAUCGAGUCUACCGAAAAGAAAGAUCACGAAGAUCAUCGAAUAAUUCAAAGUCCAAGAGUAAGCGAGAAGAGUAAUGUUCUAUCAAGAUUUAAUCCAACCGACGCCUACGAUCGAUUUCGUGGCACACUACAAGACACUUUGUCAAGAAGGGAGAAUCCCAAUUCCCAGUUUAAUAACGUUAAACGAUUCACGAAACCUGGAAUAUGUGCCUGCUGCGUGAAACGUAAUAGAAACUUUGGCAGAUCCUCAAGAUGCAAAAUUCAACAGACGUCAUAUGGUUAUUCUAUUGAUCCUGAAGAUUUCAGGAUUGUUCAACGAAGAAACUUACUCCCAGAUAUUCCUUGUCCACCAACUCCACCUCCACCGAUAUCAUUAGCACCGCCAGCACCUCCAACAUCUCCACCUUUGCAUUCUCACACAUCACCGUGUUAUCCAAGACCAACUUUGAUCAGACAACAGCAACGAGAACAGCGGAGACAACGGCAAUGCCAUCCAUGGAAUUUUCGAAGGAAUUUUGUUUGUAAUCAUCAACCACCACCGUGGACGUUACCUACCUUAUUCGCAUGUCCCUCGAAUUUCAAUGCAAGCUCGAAUAACAAUUGCAUCCAUUGUCAAGGACGAAACUUUCCUACGACCAACAAGGGAUACUCUACGUUCAAACAGAACGAUACGAUUAAAAAGUAUCGUCGUUUUAUGGAUUGAAUUAGAAUUAUGAAUCCGGUGGGAGAUCCUUUUUUAUUAUCCUUUUUUUUAUUUUUCUUUUCCUUUUUUUUUUUAGACUUUUAGACCAAAGAAAGGUAUUAACGUAUUCAGAAGAUGAAAGAUACAGCGGCAACAUACAAUAUUCUGUUUAUUUGCCGAGAAGUAAAAUACACAGGCAUUUGUUAUAUAAUAUAAUAAUAAUAAUAAUAAUAAUAAUAAUAAUAAUAAUAAUAAUCAUGUCGGUACUGUCGAAGAAUUCUUCUUAUUACCAUGAUUUCUGAAAUACAUCUAGCAACGCAUUGGUACUAAAAAGAGAGAAGCUUAAUUUAAUGGUUUAUCUCGAUUAUUUAAAUGUCCACGCGUGUACGCGUAUACGUGUUGUGUGUAUGUGCAUUUACACACGUACACGGAUAGGCACGAGCACUCUCUCACUCAUCAUCCUUCGCUCUCGAGAAACCAAUCGAUCGAUCAUUCUUGUUUCUUCUCUUUCUCUCUCUCUCUCUUUCUCUGUGUCAUUCGUUCCCUCUUUCUCUCCCAUUCAUAGACUAAUAUAAAGUCUCUCGUCUCACCUUGCAACAUUUGCAACGGUGGUCCCAGUAAAUCGAUCUCGAAUUGAGCACGCACUCGCAAUGAGAUCUCAUGAUAACGUGGAAUUUUUCUUUUUUGGUUGAUCUUAUCAAUUUUACGAUACAUGUUUUUCUUUCUCCUUUUUUUCUCUUUUUUCUUUUUUUUUUUUGCGUAAGUAAAAAAGGAUAUCUCGUUUGAAACUUAAAGUGGAACGAAAAUAGAGAUCUCGAGAGAGAAAGAAAAGGAAGAAAGAAAGAAAAAAAAAACCGUAACACGCUUAAUUUCCAUUCACAGAGUUGGAAAUCCAAAAGAGAAAGAAAGCGAGAAUAGUUAACGAACGCGAACCUGAAAACUGGGCCAAACCCAACAUCGCAAGAUAACAGAAAAAAAAAAAGAGAUAAUGAAAUAUGCUCGUCUAUUUUCAAACGAAUUUAAGUCUCUCUAUCUAUCUAUGUAUCUUUCUCUCUCUAUCUCUCUUUUUAAUUUUAAUCCGUUUUGUCAAACCUGAGACUAAUCGAAUAUAUGUAUACAUACGUAUACACGUUUAUAUACAUACGUAUGUACAUAUUUGCAAUAUUCCACGCGCAUUGGAUCUCAUCGCGAAAGAUAAGAGCUGUCAUUUUUUAUCAUUUAUAUAUAUAUCGCUCUCUCUCUCUCUCUCGUUCUCACAAAAUUCGUUGAAGUGUAUCGUUAAUUAGGAGGCAACCUAAUUCGGACAAAUUGCAAAACACUGUGCGAUGGUUCGACUCGAGAGAGCAACACUAAUCCUCGUUUUUGUAUUUGGUAAUUCUUUUUUUUUUUUACUUUUUUUUUUUAUUAUUUUUUUUUAUUACUUUCUUUCUUUUUUAUUUUACAGACAUACUUCGUUCGACCUACUAUUAAUAUACGAUACCAAAAAGUCGGCACAUACAUUCAUUCUGAUCACUUCGAUACAAAGGCAGUGAUCUCUCUCGAGUAACCAUAGCUCUCUAUCACUUCUCUCUCUUUCUCUCUCUCUCUCUCUCU